AUCCUCGCCGUCCUGUGAAUAUCGGAUCGGGCUCGGAGAAACUUGUAAUUAUGCGACCGCGGGAGCAAGUCUGAAUCGAACCAUUCCCAAAGUUUAUGCAAAAGGAUUUGUUGCUGAAAACCCUAAUUUUGCUUACCUUUUGAUUUCCGAGGAGAAUCGGUUCUGCGCGUAGGAGUGAAUCCUAUUGUAUUUGGCAGUUUCCACGAGUUUCAGCAUUGUAGUGUAUUCAUAAUCUCGAAAACUUCGAGAAUGUCCGGAAGAAAUCGUGGACCGCCUCUUCCGGCAAAAGCCGGAUCUCACAUCGGCCUGCAACCGUUGAUUCACCAACCGCCAUUCGUCCGGGGCAUGGGAGGGCAAGUGCCUCCUCGCCCGCCUAUGAUAGAUGACAUUAGGGAUAACCAGUUCAGGGUGGAUCCACGUGGCAUUCCUCCCCCUCCUCUUUCGAUCAUGGAAGAGCAUCUCGCCGUUCAAAACCAAGAUGUGCAUGCCCUGCUUGCCGAUAACCAGAGGCUGGCUGCUACUCACGUUGCGCUGAAGCAGGAACUAGAAGUGGCCCAGCACGAGUUGCAGAGAAUGGUGCAUUUUGCAGAUUCCUUGAGGGCCGAUGAGGAUAUUCAGAUGAGGGAGAUGUAUGAUAAGUCUUUGCGCUUGGAAAUGGAAUUGCGUGAGGUCGAGGCAAUGCGAGCGGAGCUUCACAAGGUUCGUGCCGAUAUCAAGGAGCUUACUUCAGCAAGACAGGAACUUACGGGUCAGGUUCAGGUGAUGAAUCAAGAUUUAGCUAGACUUACAGCAGAUUUGCAGCCGAUUCCAAGUAUGACUGCGGAAAUUGAGAACACAAAGCAAGAGCUGCAGCGUGCUAGAGCGGCCAUCGAAUAUGAGAAAAAAGGCUAUGCGGAGAAUUAUGAGCAUGGUAAGAUUAUGGAGCAAAAGUUAGUUGGGAUGGCCCGGGAACUGGAGAAACUUCGAGCAGAGAUCGCUAACUCAGAGAAGAGAGGUCAUACAACUGGUCACGUUGGGAAUCCUGGAGGUGUUGGUUAUGGUGCCGGAUAUGGUAAUCCCGAACCUGGCUAUCCUAUGAAUCCGUAUCAACCGAACUAUGGCAUGAAUCAAGCAACGACGGGCAUAGAAGGCUAUCCUCCACCAUAUGGACAUCCUGCGACGGCAGCUGCUGCUGCUUCAUGGGGCGGCGGUUAUGAUAUGCAGCGACCGCAGGGACACAGAUGAACCGCCCUUGCAUGUCUCUGCCAGCCAACCCUAAUACUUCAGACUAAAUGAAAUCUGAAAUCGCCCUCUGGUUUGUAACUUUGAAUCUUCUACCUCAGGAGCUAUUUUGUUACCCAUUUGUUUGUUUGCGUUGAUGUAGGAGUGGAAAAGGUCCUGAAUUUAGAGUACCCGAGGGUCGAAAAUCCUGAACUUCGAGUACCCGACUCCGCCCGUGGGUUGGAUAUCCGAAAUUCGGGUGUCGUUGAGUAAAAUUAUGAAAUUGGGUUAUUUAAUCUAAACCCCCAAAAUUUCAAGUUUGGAUACGAGUAAAUACAUUGUUAAAAUGUUUCCACCCUCUUUCCUCUUACCACAGAGUGAGGGGAAUAAAUGUUUCCACCCUC